AUCAAUUGAUAGCACAUGGCUGCUGCCUCGCGCACAGGCCGCGCGCGCGCGAGAUCAACUCAAAACACCCGCGUGCCCGGCGCCUCCUAUAUAUUCUCAACCCCUCCGUCAUCUUCCUCCAACCCACCAAGCCCAGCUUCUCCACUCCACCUCCAUCUCCAACAACUAGCUAGCCGCUCCGAGUUGAUCGGAAGGCGAAAGGGGAAGACACCAGGGAUAUAUAUGGCUCGGCAAGGUGUCGUGGCGUCCGCGUUGCUGGUGGCGGUUCUUCUCGGGGCCUGCCUGCCGCAGCCGACCGCCGCGGGGGUGCUCCUCUCCACGCUGCCCAAGGCGCUCGACGUCGCCGCCUCCGCCAAGCCCGGCCAAGUUCUGCACGCCGGCGAGGACACGCUCACGGUGACAUGGUCCCUGAACACGACGGAGCCGGCCGGCGCCGAUGCCGCCUACAAGAACGUCAAGGUGAACCUGUGCUACGCGCCGAUUAGCCAGAAGGACCGCGGGUGGCGCAAGUCCAACGACGACCUGAGCAAGGACAAGGCGUGCCAGUUCAAGGUCACACAGCAGGCGUACACCGCCGGCGCCGCCGGCAGCUUCGAAUACCUCCUCGCCCGCGACAUCCCCACGGGUUCCUACUACGUUCGCGCCUACGCGCUGGACGCGUCGGGGACGCAGGUGGCCUACGGACAGACGGGCCCCGCCGCCGCCUUCGACAUCGCCGGCAUCACGGGCAUCCACGCUUCCAUCAAGGUCGCCGCCGGCGUGUUCUCCGCGUUCUCCGUGGUCUCGCUCGCAUUCUUCUUCGUCAUUGAGAACCGCAAGAAGAACAAUUAGAGCACGGACGAGCCAAGUGGUCCGCGCAUGGAUGUAAUCCGUGUGUGAGUUCUUCCGGUGCUC